AUGUCAAACGUCGCCGAACGAGAGGCCGAAGACGCCUACGAACGCGAGAACGACGAGUCGCCCGUGCCAGGAACCGUCCAGGACGAUACCUAUGUCCGUGAGACAGACCCUUCCAUCCGGGACAAGGUCCCCGUCGUCGGCGACAAUGAGGAUUACGACGAGCCCAUGCAGCCGCCCUAUUCGAACAGCGAUGCACAGCUGGCUGACGACGAAAACGAGGCCAUCGAUCCGUCGAAUAUCAUAGACGAACGUCUCCGGCAUGCAAGGCCUCGCACCAAGAAUGGAUACGAUGAAGGCCUGGGCGAGGACGAUUUGCCCGAGGGAGUGCGUCAGGGGGAUGUUGGUGUUUCGGGCACGACUCGUAUUUCUUAA